AUGUUCUCCAAACAAGAGCUGAGAGAAGAAGAUAUUGUUAAUGGCAGCCAAAUGGACGACCAUUCAAUUGCUAAUGAGCUACCACCGCCCACCUACAGCUCUCUAUUCUCCGAAGACCUACUACUUUCACCGUCAACCACCGGGGAUGAAAGGCGGGAAUCAAUCCUGAUCGAAGACAUCGGUCGCUUUAGCAUAGAUUUAAGUGCCGGGAAUCGCACGUCUAUGCUAAUCGAACAAUUUUUAUUGCCUGCCCAACGACCACGGAUAAUACAAAUUCAAGCCAACAGCUCCAGCUCAGAUUUACUUCCCAUAAACACUGAUGAUGUGAAGACCGUAUCUGGAACUCAUGAAAUUCCACUGGAUAUUGUUUUGAUGCUUGUAGGAAGCAGAGAGGAGAUCAAAUCUAUUAUACUGGUUGGCCAGGAACUCCACCGACAGGGCCACAGAGUCCGAGUCGCUUCACACUCAAUUUUCCAAUCGCUCGCCCACAGGGCCGGAUUGGAAUUUUUCUCCAUCAGCAACGACCCAGAGCAUCCUAUCGCGGCAAGGGAUUCUGGCCUCAUGCCUGAUUCAAAUGGCCUUGACAGGCACCAGGUCUUGAAAAACAAAAAGGUCUUGCUAAACACACUCAAGGAAUGUUGGAAUGCCUGCAUCUACCCCGGCUCGCACGAAAGCAAGCCCUUUGUCACCAACGCCAUCAUCGCAACACCUCUUGCACACGCUCAUGUUCAUUGUGCGGAGCGGUUAUCCAUCCCGCUUCAUAUAAUGUCCAACAGCCCCUGGACACCGACGAGACGAUUCGUACACCCGCUAGCACAGAUCGCGACGGGGAGUGAGAUUGAUUACCAGUUGCAGAACUAUAUUUCCUAUCUACUGGUCUGGGAGUCGGCGUGGAAUGAGGUGUGCAAUGUCGUCGAUCAUUUCCGAAAAGCAGUCCUAGACCUACCGCAGCUGCCUCUAUCUAGCGGGGCUGAAAUUUUAAGAGAAUCAAAGAUCCCUCAUACCUAUCUAUGGUCAUCGGAAUUGCUCCCCAAACCAGAGGACUGGGAUGACACCAUUGGUAUGCGCAAAACCAGUCUCGGACUCGACCGAGAUCUUUUCUAA